AGGCCGAGGAACGUCGCCUCUCAAGUAGUAAAUGGGAGGAUGGAGAGCUUCCCUUGCUUUUAAUUUCUUACGAAUCGCCUCCUUGACUAAAUUUACGAAUUCAGGACCGAACCCACUAUUUAGAUUUUCAUCUAUUCCAAAACCCAGAGCUCGAAUUCUCGAUUUUAGGCCAUUUUCUGCCGCCUCAUCUGCAGCCGCCCAAUAUGCUGACGACCUGGAUUACAAAGCCCAUCAAGAUCUUGAUGAUUACUCCGCCUCUGAUUCCAUGGAAUAUGUGGACAUUGGGAAAAUCCCCAUCAAAGCUUAUUUUCUUUGCACCAGUAUUGACCUGAAGAGCAUGCAAGCUGAGAAUUCCAGAUAUAUUGUUCCUCCAACCUCUCGCUCAACGAACUCCAUUGCCCUCAGAUUUUGCAACUUUCAAUCUAACAUGACUGACUUUAAAGUCAGAGAGAUCACAAGUAGCUGUCAGUACAUGAUUGUAUUCCAGUAUGGUUCUGCUGUUCUGUUCAAUGUGGAGGAUCAUGAAGCUGAACAGUACCUGCAAAUGGUGAGAAGAUAUGCUUCUGGUUUGCUUCCUGAGUUGAGAAAAGAUGAUUAUGCUGUAAAAGAGAAGCUGAUGAUGGAUAAGGAUAUGGAGGGAGGUUUGGAUUGCAUUGUUUUAAAAGACCUGGAUACUGAUAGCAUCCGUAUAAUUAGCAGUGUGCUUGGCCAAAGCAUUGCUUUGGACCAUUUUGUUUCACAGGUGGAUGGUAUGGUUGAAGAAUUCACAGAAAUAAAUCGCGGAAUGGAAAAAACUGGAACUUUUACGCUAGACCGUAAGAAGCUCUUUCAACUUGUUGGGAAGGCUAACUCAAAUCUAGCAGAUGUGAUUCUGAAAGUCGGUCUCUUUGACAGAUCAGAAAUUGCUUGGAGAGACGCAAAAUAUGCUCAGAUACAUGAAUACCUUCGAGAAGAAUACGAGGUCACACAACGUUUUGGAAACCUCAAUUUUAAGCUAAAAUUUGUGGAGCAUAACAUUCAUUUUCUACAAGAAGUUCUGCAGAAUAGGAGGUCCGAUUUGCUCGAAUGGGUCAUUAUAGUCUUAUUGAGUAUAGAGAAUGUUGUAUCCGUAUACGAGAUAAUUCGUGAGUCCACUGCCGUUUAACGCUACACAAGUCGCAUUGAAAUUCGAUUUUUGGCCACAAAUGUGCUGUUUGCUCGUUUCUUUCUUUUGGUCCUGUGAGAAGCUUGUCAAUCAGAAGGGAUCUUUUUUAGCCAAAAAAGGAUGAUUUGCUGCAUUGUUUUUGAACUGUAUACGAGUUAUUGCAGACUGGAUCUGUUAUUCUCUUGAUAUUAA